UCAGCCAGCGGUGCCACCGUGCCAGCCGUGCCAGCCGCCCGUCCCUGCGGCUCCCGAGGAAAGGGUCCCUGGGUGCCGCGGUGCAGGAUGGAGCCCGCAGCCGUGCUGCUGGCCCUGCUCCCCACGGCGGCCACACAGCCCACCCCGCAGCCCACCCCGCCCCCAGGCUGCAGCCACGGCCUCUCCUCCCUCUACUACAACCUCUGCGACCUCUCAGCGGGCUGGGGCAUCGCGGUGGAGGUGGUGGCCAGCCUCGGCGUGGUGACCACCUUCGUGCUCACCAUCGUGCUGGUGGCCAGCCUGCCCUUCGUGCAGGACCCCCAGAAGAAGAGCCUGGUGGCCACGCAGGUCUUCUUCCUCCUGGGCACCUUCGGGUUGUUCUGCCUGACCUUCGACUUCGUCGUGGGGCCGGAUUUCUCCACCUGCACCUCCCGCCGCUUCCUCUUCGGCGUCCUCUUCGGGAUCUGCUUCUCCAGCCUCCUGGCGCACGCCAUGGCCCUCAACUUCCUGGCGCGGCGGAACCGCGCGCCGCGGGGCUGGGUGACGCUGGCGGUGGCCCUGUCCCUCGCCUCGGUGGAGGUCAUCAUCAACGCCGAGUGGCUGCUCAUCACGGUGGCGCGGCGGGAGGGCCCCCCGGACCCCUGCCAGCUGGCGGACGCUGACUUCGUCAUGGCGCUUGUCUACGUCAUGUUCCUGCUGGCGGCCGCCUUCGGCGCGGCCUGGCCGGCCCUCUGCGGGCGCUACGGCCGCUGGCGCAAGCACGGCGCCUUCAUCCUGGCCGCCACCGGCCUCUCCGUGGCCAUCUGGGUGGCGUGGACCGUCAUGUACCUCUACGGGAACCAGCGCGCCGGCCACAAGCCCGGCUGGGACGACCCCACGUUGGCCAUCGCGCUGGUCAGCAACGCCAGCGCCUUCCUCCUGCUCUACGUCAUCCCCGAGGUGACGCACGUGACGCGGCGCAGCCCCGAGCAGGCCUUCGAGGACGACGGCUACCCCACGCGCGGGGUGGGCUACGAGACCAUCCUCAAGGAGCAGAAGUCCCAGAGCAUGUUCGUGGAGAACAAAGCCUUCUCCAUGGAUGAGCCCUCCUUCGCCAAGAAACCGGUGUCCCCGUACAGCGGCUACAACGGGCAGCUGCUGACCAGCGUGUACCAGCCCACCGAGAUGGCUCUGAUGCACAAGGGGAUGAGUGAAGGUCCCUACGACGUGAUCCUGCCCCGCGCCUCCACCAGCCCGGCACCCGGCAGUGCCAGCUCCACGCUCCGAGCCGAGGACGCCUUCACGGCACAGGCCCGGCACGUCGGCACCCCACGGGACAACCGGAGCUUCCAGGUGCAGUCCCCAUACAGCAGGAACCGGUGGUGAAGCCCCCGUGGCACAGGUCCCGCAGCACUGGCACAGCCGCGGCCCCUCCGUCCUGCUCCCGAGGUCUCGCCGAGCCUCAUCCUGCCCUGACGUGUGAAUCCCACCCUGGCCAGCAGCCAGAGCCAGUUCCUGCCAACGGGAUGCCCGGAUAUGGCCCCAGAGCCAGCACUCCCACCUGCCCGUCCCACCUGGCCAUGGCACCCGCAAGCUGCCAGCUCUGCCCGGACCCCACAGCCUGCCUCAAGGAC